AAUAUUUCACUCCUGACUAAAGCAAUUUUAUUGUUCUGUUUCUUAUUUGAAACUGCAAUAUGAAAAAUUUGCAAAUAAUCCUGUUCCUUUUAACUUUGAUUGUUGCCAAAGUCAAUAGCUCAGGCGACAUAUUCGUGAAUAAGUGUUGCCCAGCGCAGUUCACAUUCAACGUACAAACGGAAAAGUGCGAAGCAGUGGCCAAGAACUUGGUCGUCGAUUGGAUCCCAGACCAAGUAAAAAAUCAGCAACUGUUCCUCAACAAAAAAUAUGUAACUUCUGUGCCCACGCUCGAGGAAUUUGACGUCCGAUUCGACCCUUGCCCAGGCUUUCUGUAUAACGUUGAAAGGCCGUUUUACAUUAAACCUAGCACGCCCGUCACUCUCAAACCAAAAGGGGAAACGUCUCUGUACGCCAAUGAUAAAAAUUAUGAACAAUGGUGUUUCGACGCGGUAAGCGGUUUAAAAAAGCCUGAGCGCCAAUGGGUGCUUUUGGCGUGCCCUUGCCUCCAUGAAAUCUGCGUGUCUAGAUGCUGCCACGAGGGAAACCGACUGCACAUUAAUAAAGCGUCAGCAAGGUCAUUUCUUGGGAUAUGCAGCAACGAAACAAAUACAGCAUGGAAUCCAUACAAAGCGGAAGACUUGGAUCUCUCAAAGAACAACGUUAAACCCUUUUUCUUCCGUUAUUUUACUAUUUACGAGUUUACAUCUAGCUGCUUUCACUCAGUGCACAAAAACUACGGAAAGACGAGGAGGCCAAAGCAAAUUGAGAAGUUUAAAAUCGACUCGAGGGGCAUAUUGACGUCGUCUAAAUACACAGCCAGUCGCUGGAAUUAUUGUCUCGGCGAGGCAGACGUGAAGGGGAAACCAAAAACAGUGGCCAUGUAUUGCGAUCCAAGUGAAUUCGUCGUCUCCUUUGACGAAGCCUACACACAAAGCGUGUUGGCUGGAAUCGGAGCAGCCUUUACUCUUUUUACCCUUGUUAUUCACGUCGCGGUCAAAGACCUUCGACAGGGUAUCAAGGGGCUUAGCCUGAUCGCCCACUGCGCUUGUAUGCUGGGUGCCUAUCUUACAAUGGCCUUCCGCCCAUUGGCCUGGGCUGACGAUGGAAAUACCUGCACCAUCUUAGGAGUUUUCACACAUUUCUUCCUACUCUCUGCUUUUUAUUGGCUCAACGUGAGGGCAAUUAUAAUUUACGCAACUUUCAGAUCAUGGAACUCGAUGCUGAGUGGCCUGUCUCUCUCAACAAGCAGUUUUCCGCUGUACGCAUUAUAUGCUCUGGGGGUGCCUGCUCUUGUUUCAGGUUUCAUGGCGUGGGUGCAGUUCGCGUCCGAGGACGACCUUCCAUACUGGAUCGUGUGGCCAGAUUUGGACGAAGCUGCCUGCUGGUUUAGAUCGCCUGUGGGUCGUGCAGUUUAUUUUUCGCUGCCUAUGGGAAUUGUUUUGACUUUGAACAUUAUUAUGUUCGUUAUAACUCUGGCUAAAAUAAUUUCAUUUAGAAAAGAAAACGCGAGUAUUCUUAAGACGGAAAACAGCGCGAACAAAGCUAAAGAAUCUUUGAAAUUUGAUAUGGAAAGGCUGAAGCUCUUUGCGAAACUCUCCCUUUUGAUGGGUCUCACAUACAUUUCGGAAUUCGUUUCUUGGGUGAAUUAUUUAUUUGCGUACUACUGGUAUGCAUCUAAUGUAGCUAUCGCUUUGAGGGCCGUACUCGUUUUUAUCGUUUUCUGCUGCAAGAGAAAGGUGUGGAUCUCCAUGAAACAGCAGUACCCCGUUGUUAAAACUAUUCACAGCAGAAUCUUAAGAUUCUCUGCCGCGAUGAAGUUGCUGUGUUGCCAAAGACGGCAAUUUGAGUCCUCAAAACUGAAAGAAAAUGAAAGUGCAACGCAGUCAACUGGAGGCAGUGGAGAGAAACCAUCGGAUGAAAAUUUUGAAAUGAAUGUAAUCUAAAUAUUUUCGCCUAAUUCAUACUUGAAAAAUUCAAUUAUUUUUUAAUUUAGAUUUUGUUGUACAAUAGGUCCCGCAGGUUGCUGUUUAAACUGUUCAAUUUUUGUUGUUAAUUUAAUAAAAAAAUAAUCUAUCAAAUGGG